UCGUAAACCCUGUUUAAUCAAUCUAUCAAUUUAUAUAAACAUCGUAGAUUGUUGGUCGUUGUUGCAUUACGAAACUGAAUGAGUAAUUUGUCAUGUGAAAAUUGAUGAAUGAUUUAAAUUACAAAUUUAAAUAGAUUAAAUUUUAAAGUUGUGAUUUUUUUUAAAUAUUAAAAUAAAUCAUGAGUAUAUUUUCGAAAAAACCCACAGUGGAAGAGCAAAUGCGCCAACAAAAUAGAAUUUUGAGAAAGGCUCAAAGAGAUGUUGAAAAAGAUCGAAGGGAUUUAGAAAGACAAGAAAAACAACUGGAAAUGGAAAUCAGGAAAGCUGCUAAACAAGGAAACAAACAGGUCGCCACUGUGUUAGCUAAAAAUUUAGUUCGUGUUAGACAACAAAAGGCUCGAACUUAUACUGCUCAGUCAAAAAUUCAGUCUGUUGGUUCUACAACAAAGGCGAUGGCAUCGAGUGCUAAGCUGGCAGAUACAAUGGCAACAACAGCAAAGACUAUGGGAGCUGUUAACAGAGAAAUGAAUCCUAUGGGAAUAGCCAAAACAAUGCAAGAUUUUGAAAAAGAAACAACUAAAAUGGGAAUGACUGAAGAAAUAAUUGAAGAUAGUUUAAGUGCAGUAUUAGAUGAAUCUGGUGAUGAAGACGAAGAAGAUGCUGUGAUUAAUCAAGUUUUAGAUGAAAUUGGCAUUGAAAUAUCUGGAAAGAUGGCAACAGCUCCUUCAGCACAUAAAGGAGCCUUAGGUGGAACUAGCAAAGCUACCCUUCCAUCGGAUGAAGAAUUAGAGAGACAACUUGCACAGCUUAAAUCAUAAAUUGAACUUGAGAAAUAGACAUUUUUGUGAUGCAGCUAUUCCAGAAUGCAUUAAAUACCAAGCAUUCAAAGUUCAAAAAAAUAUAUAUAUUGAGAACUUAAAUUACUGCUCUUUAAUUUCAAUGCACUUCUUGUUUGUCCUUUUUUUUUCCAGAUCCUCCAAAAUAUUGCAAAUUAUUAACUUCCCUCAAAAAACUGCCAAAUGUGCUUUAAAAGAUAUUUUUACUGUUUUUAUGACCAAUAAUAUUUGAUGCAAAAAUGAAUUACAACAGCUUUAGAAUCAGCAGUUACUUAUAUCAACUUUUUUUUUGUCUGUGGGAUACUAGAUGAUCAAGCUUCUUUUGAGAGACCCUCGACUUCAUAGAUAAAGUUCUUUAGCAGGUGUGAAUAUUUUUAACUUGAGAAAAACUAACUAUUUAUAACUGGGUUUGAAAAUAUUUAGGCAUAUGAAUUUGUUCUAGGUGUGUGCAUAAGCUAAAUAUGAUUUUCCAAAAAGAACAUAUUGAAAAUGAUUAUCAGAGAAACAUGAUUUUAUGUUCCUGAAUUCGGUUAUUUAAUUUUAAAUUAAACAUUUUGAUGAGAAAUAAGGUUAGAAUUUUUUAUAAAAGCCUAUUCUUUUCACAAUUUUUUGUUUUAGAAAAAAAAAUUUAUUCUUCAGUUUGUUUUUUUCGUUUGAAAUCUACUUAAAUAAUUUCAUAGAAAUAUCCAAAAUAUUAGAUAAAUUAUGUACUAUUGAUUGGAUAUAAGUAUUAUUACAGGUUUUAAAAAUCAAUAAAAAGUCCUGACUCAUGUAAGCCCAAUAAUCAUGUCACGGAACAUUUGAGAUCCGCUGACUUAAGUUUAAGAUUAAUUCACCUCAUUCUGAUGGAAAA